AUCUAAUGAUGAGUACUAAAUGAUGUUUUAUUUGUGGGAUCUCUAUGUUUUCUUGUUGCUUGUGAUCCAACUCUGUAUAAUUGCACAAAUCCUUGAAGCUUAUCACUCUGUAUCAAAAUUUUGUGUAAUUUCCUUGAUGAUUUUUUACCAGAUGCGUCCUGAUCGAUUGUUAUUCUUUUCAGAAUGUUCUAAUAAAGAAAAACAAACAAUGAUUGAGCAGUGUUCUAAGAAACGAAUGGUUUUGGCUAUAGCAAUAUUAGGAUUGGUAUCGGCCAUUAUUAUUAUCGUAGAAUCCACACACUUACGCUCUCAUGAAAUUGACAUUCAUGACAGUCACCCGAUUCUCAGGGAAAAAUUGACAUCUGUUGACAAAUGUUGGACAAGAGAGAAGUAUGAGAUUAUAGAAGCCUGUCAUCUUUGCACCAAAGAAGAGAUAUUCGGACAUAACCCUGUAGUAUGUGUUGCUAAAGGGUUCAAAGAAAAGAUUAAAUGUGAAUCCGGAAAUAUCACUUACAGGGCUUGUCUUCAAGUUGCCUGGUUAGAAGAGAGAAGGUUCUGGAUAUUUGAGACUGUUAUGUUUUUUACAGGUUGUAUUAGUUCUGGGUUUGUGUUUCUAAGACAGAAACAGCUGGAUCAUAUUGUUUACAAGAGAAUACAGAAACAAAUAGCGACCGGAGUAUAGAGCCUGGAACCUCGCGAAGAUCUGUGAUAGGAUGAUAUUUAGAUAAUUUUUUAAACUGACUUAUUGUUUUA